AUAUAUUUCAACCCUUACAGCUCCGAAGAGUCUCGGAACUCGGCAAAAGGAUCAGCAAACUGAAGCUGACAAGGAAACUGAUGUUGGUGCUGGUUGGAAACCACUAACUUAAAGUCUGGGGAACGAUUGUAAAAGCAUCAACUCAAGAUCACGGCAAUCAUAUUGAACAGACUGGUGGACGCCUUUAAUCUUUGUCUACCAAGCUGACAACAAUACGCAGAUGGACAACAGAACUGGCCCAGAAGACAAACCUGUGCAGCGCUCCAAGUCCUUCAGCUUUAAGACGCACAGGGAGGUGUGUUCAUCUUGUCAGAAGACGGUGUACCCCAUGGAGAGGCUGGUAGCAGAUAAACUGAUUUUCCACACAACCUGCUUCUGCUGCAAACACUGUAACACCAAACUCAGCCUGGGCUCCUUUGCCGCCCUGCAGGGCGAGUUCUACUGCAAGCCGCACUUCCAGCAGCUGUUCAAGAGCAAAGGCAACUACGACGAGGGCUUCGGCCGCCGGCAGCACAAGGAGCUGUGGGCCAACAAGGAGUCGGAGAACAUCACCAAGAGCCCAUGAGCUGGCUCUCCCGCCCGGCUCUGGAGCACGCUAACGCGGCACGCUCGCUCCCCGCACAUUCCAGCACAUUCCGGCACGCAAGCGCGCAACCCGCCAGAGGACGACUCGACAGUCUCCAUUUUAGCUUUUUAGAUAGGGGGGUUUAUUUUCUCUUUCUUUUUAAUUAAUUUUAGUUUUUUGACAAAAUAGGGUUUUGGUAUUGUUUUUAAAACUUUUUUUGGUCUUAAUUUUCAUAUGUCACUAAAUGGUUUUAAACUGUGUUAUGUGCACUCCCGUGUACCAGGCCAGAGUUUAGUUUCACUGGGCCUUGGAUUGUGUGUAAGUAUUUGUACUGCCACAGCGUAUAAACUGUUGACUAGGCAGAUGUCCCCUGUUUGAGUUUGGACCCUGUCGGAGAUUACUGUGGUAGAACUGGUUUGUUGAGCAUACACUGAGGUUUUUAAUUACGGUUUUAAAUUUGUCUGACCGUUCUUUAUGCUUCAAUGUAUUUGUGUGGGUUUUCCAAUAAGAAAAACUGUAAAUGCUGGGAAAGUGGGUGGGGUCUGACAGGGUAUACCUAUAAGCAUAGGUGGAAAAUCCGGGUUCAGAAAGUAGAAGUCACCACUCAAAUUUGUUCCAAUGAUGUGGAUUUGCUAGUUGGCACUAUUCUUCAGCUAGGAGGUGGAACGAAUUGCCAUUCAUAGGUGGAAGAAACACACGGCAGUACUUACUUUCUGACCCCAGGUCUUUCCAUCUUUGCCUAUACGAGUGAGUACAGGGUACGCAAAGCAUAUCUCACACCCGGUUCUGUCCUGCUUCGCCACAGGGGUUGUGUCUGUGGCAGGGGGAGCCAGCCGGGGAGUGCUAAAGACCAAACUGGGAACGGCUUUGAUUGUGGAGAGUGAAUUGUAUCCGUGUAAUCGUUGUUUUGGGAUAUGCUCUCAACAUCUGUGUUGAGCUGUCACAUUUCAAGGGUUCUCCUUGAAGCUGUCUUUUGAUGUUUGGUGUCUCUUUAUUGCUACCUUCAGUUUGUGUUGGUGGGGUUGGUUUAUGUCAGUCUAUAGCUUACCCAUUGAACUGCAUGCUGGGUAGAUCACUGGGGAUGUGUCAUCUUAUUUUGCACAAUAGAAGCUUCUGGAAAAAGUAGGGUUCUGUAUAGUCAUUUAUACUUGAUGGGCAUACACUGUGUCCUGCUGUGCUGAGUAGUGCUAUCAAGGAAGGCAAGUAGCAAGCACGCUAAACUUGUGUCAUGUAAAUAUCCUUCCCCUGGCAUAGCAUUUUUCCUGGGUGGCUUUGUUGGCUGUUGUAUGAAUCAUUCUGUUUUGGCAUGACACGAAUGCGCACAAAGGGUUAUUAGCCAGGUGACUGUAGAGUUAGUCAGGAGUUUGAUACAUAGUUACAAUGACGCAAAGACUGUUUUAUCAAUGUGGAAAGGCUCACUGCCUUCCUCUGCCGUAUAAUCCGAUGAAAGAGUCAGCCGAUUAAAUCAACGGCUGAACUCACUGGGCUAGGUUCAGCCAUGCAGGAACAGCCUUCGGCUGGAAAUGGUGCACCCUCGGCGAAGCGGCCUCACCAGGGUUAAAGGGAAGGCUGGAUUCCUUUCACUGUACCUCAGGAGAUUACAAGGCUCUGCUCAGGAAUCGGGCCGUAUGUGUGCUGGUGGCAGGUCUUCAGGUCUAGGGCCCCUCGCAGAGGCCUGGCUCCGUAGUCUGCGUGGUAAGGCCACAGAGUGGCGCACGGUCCUCAUUUUCAGAACGGGAGGGACAAGUGCCGACCACCGAGGCCACUGGCCGACCAAUACCCCACUGCAGUAUUUCUUACAGAGAAGAAAAUGGUUUCCCCUGCUGCCAUGGCGAUGAAUUUGAAUGCUGAGGAAACCGACUGUUGGGAGCUGUCGAGCCGGCUGUGGGGCUGCGCUGUGUACUGCAGACAUCCUGGGCGUGUUUUGAAGGCUUUUGACAGGGUGGGGAUGUUCACACCGCUAAAACAAGUCUGCCUGUAACGAGACUUAAUCUUUUUUUUUUUUUUUUUCUCAAGUAGAAAAUGUUAGCUUGUUUAAGUUCCUUUCUGCUUGACAAGCAAAAUUCGUACCCCGUUGGCAACUCUUGCAAUGAGAAACUCAUCUCAUUGCCUAUCUUUUUGUCUUAUUUUGCAUAAAAGUAAUAGAAAUGUGAAUUUAAGUGUAAAUAAGACUAAAAUAUUUGUCAAGAUUGACUUCGUUUUUGAUUUUGGCAGUGGCAAGUCUGCGACCGCGGCAAAGGUGGGAAGCGAUGGCCCGGUCCACAGACCUGCUUGUACACAGCGCAGCUCUUCUCCUCUCUCUGGACAGCACCUCCAUUUUAAUCGCUCACAACCACGCUGCUGCAAGCCAGGCGCGACUCUCUCUCGUCCAGCAGCGCCUUUUCUGUUACUAUGACAAGUUUGGCAGUGACCACUACAGUUUUAGACGAUAUACUGUAUUUACAAUUUGAAUUGAACACUGUUUAGAAGCAUGAACCCUCCCUUAUGUCAAACAAAUAUUACUAGCCAUUGUGUUUGCAGCUGUAUUCCAUUGGACCGUAGUCUCUAAGAUUCCCCUAACAUAAGGGCUACAGACAUUUACUGUAUACAAUGUGUUUAUGCAAGUUUAAUUUGGAAGGAGAUAAAGGCAAGUGAGUUGAAAUAUUUGCUGGGAAAUGACCGUGUAUGGUUUUAUGCCUGAGCUGAGAGGUUGAGUGGGGAGCUCCACUUUUUGCUGGAGGGAGCGGCUUGGCUCACUUAAAUGUGACUGAAAUGUUUUAGUUUCUGAUCGGCUGAGACUGUACAGACACUGUACAGACCUUGUACAACAGCUUCAUGUCCAUUAGUGGCUUUUGGCUGAAGAUACAACUCAUGCAUACUGACUGUUUGUCCAUAAAAUUAGUUUGUUCAGUUUGUCUCAUAGCCAUGUUUUGAUAUAUUUUUUUAGAUAUUAAUUUAUUAUAUUUAAAUUUCAUGCCCAAGCCAACAAAAACAAUAAUACCCUCCGUAACUAUAUGGUUAAAACGAUAUCUGUUGUCGGAAAAUACUGUGAAGCGCCUGUGGAUAUAAGAUAUGACGUAUUUAAGCCUUAGAAGAAGCUUGCACUAUGGAAGGAAUGUUUCCAAUCCGUGUGGCUAAAAAAAGUGAUUAAUGACAUGCUGGCAGAUUGUUAUUUUCAGCCUGUUUUUAAGAAGGGCAUGUACCAAACCUAUUCCCGCACAAGAACUGCAUGAAAAGUUAAUUUCACAUCUCGCAGAGUAGCAUUCUGAGCCAGUCCGACUCUAAAGGCCAGUUUAUAAUCCAGCGAGUGUCGCUCGAGUAAAAAUCGCGACACUGAACAAAAAAAGUGUUCAUGGACGUUCUAUUUGCCCAACAUAGACUGUGGUAGUUCUCCUUAGCAAAGAGUGUAAAUGCACUCGAGUCGCCCGCAGUAUAAACCAAAUGUGGCUGCGACCAGCGGCAUCCAUUGCAUGUUGUCAGUGGCAGUGACGCUCUGUCCCUCUAUAAACUGGCCUUAACAGGGUGUCUUCUGGCUACACAGGGUAACAGGAAUGUGUUCAGGUUGCUAUUAUUUUUUAGAAUUAUUGCAUGGUUCAGACUGUUCACACCUGUGUGUUAAAACUAAACGCUUGCACUGAGUGUGGCUUAUGUGCCUUCAGGCUACACUAGGCACAAACGUCAGUUCAGUUCUCCAGUUCCGCGGCAUAAAUGAAAGACUAUAUGCAUUCGUUCCUCUGUUCUCUGCCACAGGGCAUUGCAUGGAUCCUCUCAGCGUUCGUACGUUUUUUUUAAACGGUAUGCAUGCUUUCUCCGAGGCACCUACUGUAUAAUAAUACAUGUAAUAAACGUGUGAGUUAAUGGCAGUAUCUUGUUUACGUGGAGGUACACUUUUUUAUAAUGCCAACCUCAGAGGCAAAAGAUAGUCAGAGUGUUUGUGUUUACCAUAGAGUUUGCCUGUGAUAUGAUGUGGCCUUACAACACAGGCUUUGGCUUGGUUUUGCUUUCCUCACUUUUUGUACUUCUGUUAUUUUUACCCUCAAGCUGCAUUGUGGAGAGAAAUGAUUAAAAGUCCCAAUGGGUUUAAUUUUUGCUUAA